AUGUGGAACAAGUUUCUGUGCGUGGCGUCGCGUCCGCUGGCAUUCCAGCGUCGCUCCAGCUUUGUCUCCAGGAUGAGGUAUUUGAAGAAACUGCAGCGGGACGACGAGGCUUGCGUCCGAGCGCUCCGCACGGGACACCUUCUCCUCUUCCACCGACUCCGCCCUCUGCUGCGCCCGAGCCAAGCGGGCGGCUUCGCCUGCCCGACGCUGCCCUACGAGGACGUCAGGUCGGCACUGCGGGCCCUGGGUGCCGACGAGUCCCUGCUCGAGGAGUCUGUUCUCAUUGGCUGCCGUCAAGACGAGCGGCCUGACUUCUGCCUGGACCUGGGGCGGCUGGAUCCGACGUCGGCGGAGAAAGUGUGCCAAGGAACCUUCGUGGACCUGAAGAAGUCAUUCUUUCUGCUGUCAGAGGCCGAGGCGCCGCUGGUGGCCAAGGGUCGGGCGCUUCUGAGCUGGCACCGAAGCAACAAGUUCUGCGGGGCCAGCGGUCGGCCCACGUGCCGCAACCGGGCAGGAAGUCAGAGAGCGUGCGGCGACAACGUCACGUAUCCGGCGAUGGCGCCGGCGAUCAUCGUUCUGGUGUCCGACGGCCACAGGUGCCUGCUGGCCCGCCAGCCGUCCUUCCCGCCCGGCAUGUACAGCGCCCUGGCCGGAUUCUGCGACAUGGGUGAGAGCCUGGAGGAGGCGCUUCGCCGGGAGGUGGCCGAGGAGGUGGGCCUGCACGUGGACGGCGUCCGCUACGCCUCGUCGCAGCACUGGCCGCACCCGCGCAGCACUUUUUUGCUGGGUUGUCACGCCCACGUCAGCCCCGCCCGCACGCAGCUUCUCGUGGACCGCGCCGAGUUGGAGGACGCGCGUUGGUUCGCGUCGGAGGAGAUCGAAGCCGCCCUCCGGGCGAAGGCCUCCCCCGCCGCGCCUUGGCUGCCGCCGAAACAAAGCGUCGCUCGCCGUCUCGUCGCCGAGUGGGCGGAGAGACGGCGCGGGGUAGGAGAAGAGAAGACGCCGACGUUUGAUUCGUCCGACUGA